GAGAGAGGGGAAGGAGGGGGUGCACGUAAAAAACUUUUUUCUUGGGGGAGGGGUGUUUUGAAGGAAGCUCGGCGGAGCGCGAAGCGUAUCAGCACAACCAUAGACAGUGGGCGCGAGGGACAAAGGAGAUUCGCACACAACGGAAGAGUUUGGAUACUUGAAGAAAAAAAAAAUAGAUGGACUUUCGCACAUUGGCGCGCGGCUUGUCCGUGAACGCACCGCGGCGGUAAGGGCUGGAAGAGAACUUUAGCUGGAGCGUGAGUUCAUGCACUCUGCUUCUGCACCCACGCGUGGUGACUUCUGGACGUGUUUUGUGGGACUCGGGGAGAUAUUUUGUUAGCCCGUGAGGUUUGAUGAUGUGCUGCAGGAGGAAGGGUUCGAGCUAACCCCCAAGCAUGAGAUGGUGGUACAGCGCGCUGGCACUGCUCUCGUGGGUGCUGGUGGCCGCGGAUGCGCAGCUCAUCUGCUGGCAGGCCGUCAUGCGCUGCAACGCCGAAACUGAAUGCGACCUCGCUUACGGCCAGUACAUGGCCGCCUGUGAGGGCAACCUGCGGGGUGCGAGGCGUCAGUGUCCCAGCCCCUGCGUCAACGCGCUGAUCCGCCUCAACCGGACCCGCGGCGGGCCGGACCUGGAGAGCUGCGAGUGCGCCCAGGACGCAGAGUGUCUGCGGGCCAAACGCGCCAUCGAGCCAUGUCUGCCGCGCCGGUAUCCGGACGACGGAGGCGGGGGGAUCGGUUGCAUGGAGGCCCGCCAACGUUGCGUGCAGGACAACCACUGCGAAGCUUCCCUGGAUGCCUACCUGUCCUAUUGCGGACAGCUGUUCAACGGACGCAAGUGCUCGGCCAAGUGCAAGGCCGCCAUCCAGCAGAUGCUAUACACACCCGACGGGGCGCUCCUGAACCGCUGCGUUUGCGACGGUGAAGGGAGACCCUUCUGCGAGGUGGUCAAGGAGAACAUGAGCAAGCUCUGCUCCAUGGGGGACCGUCACGGUGUCAUCUCGGACCAGCCGGAUGUGGAUGACGCAUACGAGGACGAGGACUACGAUGCCAGACACGACAGGGAAGACGUCUACAGCGACCACUCGGCGGCUCCUCGCGGGUUUUCUUCAUUGGGGGGGCUCCUGUUUCUUCUUCUGGGAUGUAUUUGGUUGUGACACUAGCUGGAUUUAUUCCAGGACUCAUCGAGAGACCUUGGACCUGCCGAAGGGGGGGAUUCAGACCGGGUCAGCUGGAUGAGGUGAUACUGGGUGUCACUCUCGGGCCUUGCCGUCAACACUUGGGAUUAAUUUUUAUAUCUAUAUUUUUUU